AUGGCGAAAGUAGCAGAAGAGAACAACGCUAGGGAGAACCAUGAUAGAAGGGAUGCAAAGAGAAGAUGGGAAGGAUCGAACAAGUCCGACAAGAAGCCAAAAUGGACUUCAACUUUGGCAAAAACACGAAGCGAGGGAUUUUCUAUUCCUCAAUGUAACAAGAGGCAUAAGGAAGAGUGCAGAGCAGGGAGCCUGACGUGUUAUAGAUGUGACAAACCGGGGCACACCGCACGAAAGUGCCCGGAAGGAAGGAUUUGUUACGAAUGUGGGGCUACGAGACAUUUGCGUCCUGACUGUCCAAAACGUCGCAAUGGUGCGACACCCCACGGGAAGACAGCGAACAACGGAUUCAGGAAGAGACCAGAAAACAGGAAGGAACUGCCUAAGGGACACGGCCGAGCUUACAACAUGACUUUGGAAGAGGCAAAGGAAACACCCGACGUCGUAUCUGGUAUGUUCCCUAUCAACAAUGUGUAUACACAUGUGUUAUUUGAUUCGGGUGCAAAUGGUAGUUUUGUGUUUACCACUUCCUGCCACUAUCUGAAUAGCAGUGCCCGUAGGCUAGACAAAACCUACACUGUAGAAACAGCCGACGGUAGUCAGCGUAAAGUAGAAGAAGUAUUCGAUGAAUGCACAAUUGUUAUAGACGAGAAGGAAUUCCCCGUUAGGCUUAUGCCGAUGUGUUUAGGAGGUUUUGACAUAGUCUUGGGGAUAGAUUGGCUAUCCAACAAUCAUGCGCAAAUAGUGUGUAAUAAGAAUAUGAUCAAGAUUCAGACUCCGAAAGGAGAAACAAUUCAUGUUUACGGUGAUCGAAAGAAGUUUUGCGUAGGGUUGAUCAAUGCAACUAAGGCAAAUAGGUGUCUACGGAGGGGAUGUGAGGCUUACUUGGCAUACGCCAUCGACGCCAAGCUCGAAAAGAAGACGUUACAAGAUGUUCCAGUGGUAAGGGACUACCCAGAAGUAUUCCCGGAUGAAUUGCCAAGAAUACCACCGGAACGUCAGGUAGAGUUCCGAAUCGAUUUGGUACCAGGUGCGUUGAAGGUUCGAGAAGAAAACGUGUCGAAGACCGCUUUUAGGACUCGUUACAGACACUACGAAUUUGUAGUAAUGCCGUUUGGGUUAACAAACGCACCUGCGACAUUCAUGGACUUGAUGAAUCGAGUUUGUGGACCGUAUUUGGACCAAUUUGUCAUUGUCUUUAUAGACGACAUUUUGAUUUAUUCGAAAAAUGAGAAGGAGCAUGAACUACAUUUAAGGAUGAUUCUUGAACUACAAGCCAAGGAGCAAUUGUACACCAAGUUCUCAAAAUGCGAGUUUUGGUUGCAUGAGGUACAAUUUCUCGGUCACAUGGUUAACCCGAAAGGGAUCAAGGUGGAUCCGGCUAAGAUUGAUGCGGUAAUGAAAUGGGAAUCACCAAAGUCAGUAACAGAGAUCCGAAGUUUUCUAGGCCUAGCAGGGUAUUACCGAAGAUUCAUCCAGGAUUUCUCCAAAAUAGCAACGCCCUUGACAACGUUGACUAAGAAGUCAGUUAGGUUUGAUUGGGGAACGAAACAAGAAGAAGCGUUCCAGACACUUAAGGAGAGACUAAGCACUGCACCGGUUUUAGCACUAYCGGAAGGAGUAGAAGAUUUUGUCGUUUACAGUGAUGCAUCAAAGAUGGGUAAGGCAAAUGUAGUUGCCGAUGCACUUAGUAGGAAUGAGAGAAACAGACCAAUCAGGGUUCGAGCCAUGUGGAUGAAUGUUAAG